GACACCAAGCUGACAUUUGACUCCUCAACCCACAGGCAACAGCGCUGAUGGUGCAGGCGGGACUCUCUGCCCCGUUUGUUCCUCUUUCCUUCUGCGGUCGUUGGUAAAGUUUGCUUCUCAGUGCAACAGCGUGUUGCUACUCUCCGGUUUCUCAUCUGGACUGCCGACGGGAUACUCUUCUUAAGUCCUGGGAGUGGUCUUUCUCACACGGGUCUUGGAAUGUGCUUUUAAGAGGGGGAGAGAGAGCGAGUUAACUCGGCUUACCCCUGUUUUUCCUCUUUCCCCCUCUCUCAGGAUUGCUUCUUAGGUCUCCAGCCAGACGUUGGAAGCUGGAUCCCCUUGUGUAACAUUCCUGGAUUACGCUAUUUGUUUGCCUCUUGCUUGCUUUUCUGGGCUUAUUCUGGGCUGUACUUACAACCAGGGUCCUUCUGUUCUCCACUUGUUUGAGGAAUCGACUGGAUGAUUGCUGGAAUUACUUGCGCAAACUGUGAAGUUUUGAAGAAACGUCCCUUGCUUUUUUGGAGGGUCGGACAUGAGACGUAGACCUUGGGUGACCCAUUGGAGCUGUUUCUCUUGCACUGGUUUUUAAGACUGUAAGAAAACGAAGGGCUUAUGGGCUCUCUUCUUUCUAUGGAAAGACCAUGAUGAAGAAUCGAUCUGCUCCUCAUGUCGGCCACUGUUAGGCUGCAGCCUGUGUAUUCAUGGAAGGGGGUGCUAAAGCUCUUCUCUUGCAUAGCUGCCCGAACUUCCAGUAAACCUAAAGAGGUCCACACAUUUCAAGGAAAGAAGACAGACGUACUUGGAAAUCAUAUGGACGAAGAAAUGAGUCGCCAGACUGCCACAGCGCUGCCUACAGGAACCUCUAAGUGUCCCCCUUCUCAGCGCGUCCCAACAUUGUCGGGCACCACAGCAUCCAACAGUGACCUCGCCAGUCUGUUCGAGUGCCCGGUUUGUUUCGACUAUGUGCUGCCCCCCAUCCUGCAAUGCCAGAGCGGCCAUUUGGUCUGUAGCAACUGCCGGCCCAAACUCACCUGCUGCCCCACCUGCAGAGGGCCGCUCGGGUCGAUCCGCAAUUUGGCCAUGGAAAAAGUGGCCAACUCCGUGCUGUUUCCCUGCAAGUACGCCUCAUCGGGCUGCGAAGUCACCCUACCGCACACAGACAAGGCCGAGCACGAGGAGCUUUGCGAAUUCCGGCCAUACUCUUGCCCCUGUCCUGGCGCUUCCUGCAAGUGGCAGGGUUCGCUCGACGCGGUCAUGCCCCAUUUGCUGCACCAGCACAAGUCUAUAACCACGCUACAGGGCGAGGAUAUUGUCUUUCUGGCCACAGACAUCAACCUGCCUGGGGCAGUGGACUGGGUCAUGAUGCAGUCGUGCUUCGGCUUCCACUUCAUGCUCGUGCUGGAGAAGCAGGAGAAGUACGACGGUCACCAGCAGUUCUUUGCCAUCGUGCAGCUGAUCGGCACACGGAAACAAGCCGAAAACUUUGCCUACCGGCUGGAGCUUAACGGCCACCGGAGACGACUCACUUGGGAGGCCACGCCACGCUCCAUCCAUGAGGGCAUCGCCACCGCCAUCAUGAACAGUGACUGCUUGGUCUUUGACACCUCUAUCGCUCAGCUGUUUGCUGAAAACGGCAACCUGGGCAUUAACGUUACCAUAUCUAUGUGCUGAGGACUAACAGCUGUGCAUACUUGAACGCAUUCACUCACAGUCAUACGUACAAAUACAAACGACAUUUCAAAACACUGCAGGAUACCUUGAGUUGUGCUUGGGGGACGGGGAGUAGCUAACCUAGGGAACUUUUUGCUGUUGUACGUUCCGAAUACUCAUCAGAUAAACUGUCGUUGGUCGGGGCUUGGCACGUCCGACCAGACCCGGGUUCUCAAUUUUAUGCUACAAUAUUAUAUAAGUUAAAUAAUUAAUGUAUUCUACAUUUUUGAGAGCAACGCCCAUUGCCCUUGAAGGUAUAGGAAAGCCACGUUUGUUGAAUGGACAUUUGCAAAUGUGACAUUUGGGUCCCGGGGUGGAAAAAACGGCACACCGGGCUGAAUGGCAGUUGGGAAUAUUGAUUUUUGGGGUGGGUUGCUCAGAGGGGCCAACCCUCUGAGCAGGCUUUUUCCGUUUUUGUUUGUUUCCCAAGACGUUUCGCAUUUCAGUUCAGAUAAAACACUAACUUCUAUGUUCAAAUAUUAGGUUUUGUUUUAUUCUAGUCUUUAUUUCCCCCUUUUGUUUCCUGCUUUGAUACAGAAAGGUUCUGGUAACUGGUGCAUGACCACUGGAUAAGUUAUAACAAGUCCAGAUUUCAUUUUAGAAGUCUUGUUUGUUUCUACCCAUGAGUGCGAUAUAUCUUGUUUGUUUUGAAGGGACGGUUUCAGUCAAAGCUGGCAUAUGCACAUCAAGCCAGCUUACAAACGUAAUUGUACAGUUCGUUUGCGACCAUUUAAAAAGGUUUUUUCCUCAUGACAUGAAACCCCUCCAUUACAAACACUGCAUUGAAUAUCAGAAUAGAAACAAGGGCAGUUAAUACAAUUAAUAUGAGAUUGUCAUCAUUAUUAUUUUGUAAUGACAUAGGAAAGUUGAAUGAGAAAGGCUGUUGUAACUUUGUUGCUAAUCUUCAGUGUUUGUAGAUAGUGUUGUUCUUCAAUAGACCUCAGUGUCUUGCUCUUUUUGUAAGUCAAUAUUUUUGUUGCUGUUGUUCUUUGUAUGUCUCUAUUUCUGUUUUUGCAAGGAUAGGGUGAAGCAAAGCCAAACAUCUCUGUGGAUACAUUGUACUGUCGCUAGUCCUGAUCUCUAAUUUUAUUUUGUUUUAUUGUUUGUUUUGUUCUAUUUUGCCAGUAAAUAAAUCUAUCUUUUUCAUA